UUUCUGCUGAUAAGAUGUUAAAAGCUACUAAUUGUUUUCAACUUUAAUAUAUGUCUAUUAGUUCCCAUCAAGUGCAUAUUGAGACUAUAAUAUAUUAAAUUAACGAAAAUAAAAAAAAAAAACAAAAAUUGAAAUUGUGUUUUUCAUAAAAUAGAAUAAAAAAAAUUUUUUAAAUUAGUUUAUAUUUUUUUAUAUUUCGAAAAACGGGAGCAAAAAAAAAAAUUUGUGUGUGUUAAGAAGAGGAAAAAAAUUGUUUUUCAAUUUAUAUUUUGAAAAAUUGGAAAAUAAAAAAAUAUGUGAAAAAAAAGAAAUUUUCCACUUUCAGACAUUUUUUUAAAAAUUAAAUUAAUUAACGGCCUCAAAAUAAAAAAUUAAAAUUUUUUUAAUUUAAUAAUAAAAAAAAAGUCGUGUAAGUGAUAAUAAUGGGAUUUAAAUUGAAAAAAUAAUAAAAAAUUGUGACUAUUUUUUUUUUUUUAUAUAAAAAAAUAAAUUCCUCGUGUGUAUAUAUAUGAGAGAUAGUAUGCGCACUAUUUCUGGAUCCGCCAAUGGGGCGACGAAAAAUUUAUCCGACGAAACAAGGGUGGGGGUAGUGGAAAAAGACAAAUGCACGGAAAUGCAAAAAACAAUAGUGGAAGAAAAUGAUGAGGAGGAAGAAGAAAUUUGUUUGGAUGAAAAAAUUGCACCCGAUGGCGGAUGGGGUUGGAUGGUUGCAGUUGGCUUAAUUUUAGUUUUUACAACAACAAUUGGACCAGCAGCAUCAUUCACAAUAGUAUUUGGAGAUUUUUUAAAUCAAUCAAAUCAAGCGAGUUCAGCGACAACAAUUCUCAAUUCUAUUUUUAAUAUAAGUUUCUCACUGGCAGGUGUAGGUACAAAUCCACUUUUAAGGAUAUUUUCAGUGAGAACAUUAGGUAUCAUUGGAGCAGUGAUAUUUGCGAUACCAAAUAUUUUGGCAGCUUUUGUCAGUCAUGUUUUUGAAUUGGGAAUUAUAUUUUUUCUUCAGGGCAUCGGUCUUGGUUUGAUCUUCACUAUUUGCAAUACAAAUUUCAACGCCUACUUUGUAAAGCGAAGAGCAACCGUCAUGAGCGCCUGUCAGACGAUUGUCGGUCUUGGUUGCAUUGUUUAUCCAAUCUGGAUUGAAAAGAUGAUGAAGGCUUAUGGGUUCCGAGGAACCGCGGCAAUAAUUGGCGCAUUGAGUUUGAAUUGCAUUGUGGGAAUGGCAUUAAUGCAUCCAGUUGAUUGGCAUUAUAAGAGAUCGAAAAAAAAUGUGAUCGGUGAAAAAAUGAUAUUAUUAAAGACAGAAUCAAUUGGUAAUAAUCGAUUUUCAGGUGAAUUUCGAUUUAUUCACGAUCAUUGGAAACGACGUUCGACAAUCGAUACAAUUCAUCCACCAAUGAAGAGUGGCAUGUGGAAUAGUCUUCGUAGUCUGACAGAAAAUGACGGGGAAAAUAAGACAUCAUUUUCACGUCGUGGAUCAGUGUCAAAUGUUGAAUCGGGAAUAAUUCGACGACGUGCAAAUACAGUAAGUCAUAAAAAUGGAAGUGUCGCAAAAUUAUUGACCGAAGCAUUGUCAUCGUCAAGUUUAGCAAAUUUACGUAUGCCCGUUGGUUUUGAUAAUUUAAAUAAUGCCGAAGUUAUUGUGAAGACAAAAUUUUAUGAAAAACCAAAAAUCAUUGAAUUAAUGACAAUGGAAAAAACGAAAGAUGUUGAAAAAUUGAAGGAAAAAGAAAUGCUUAAAGAAAAAGAAGUUUUCAAGAGUAGAGAUAAUUUAGCAAGUCAUUUGGAACCAACGAAAAAAAAGGGAUGGAGUUUUUCGGAUGUAAUUGACAUGGAUUUAAUGAGGGAUCAAAAAUUUAUUAACACAUGCCUUGGAAUAAGUUUUGUAUUUACAAGUGAUUUUACAUUUAGUUCACUAUUACCAUUGAUGAUGGCUAAAUUUAAAUAUACACAAACUGAUGCUGCAUUAGCAAUAACUGUUGGUGCAACAGCUGAACUUAUUUCAAAAAUAUUACUCUCAAUUUUUACAUUGGUCGUUGAUGCACGACCAAAGAAAUUAUUUUUUGUCGCUAUGAUUUGUAUGGCUCUUGCAAAAAUUGGAUUUUUCUAUUUGGAGCAUACAAUGAUGGGUUUAUUUUGUAUGGUGGCAUUAAUUGGUAUGGUGAGAUCAUGGUUAAUGGUACCACAAGCCUUAGUUGUUGUGGAAAAUAUAAGUGUCGAUAAAUUUGCAGCAGCUUAUGGCGUUUUUGCCAUUAUCAGUGGAUUAAUAUCAAUUGUUUUUGGACCAGCUGUCGGUCUCAUUAAAGAUUGGACUAACAGUUAUGACCUCUGUCAGUUGGUACUCGUGGGUUUAAACGUGUUGUUCAUUGUGCCUUGGGGAAUGGAAUUUCUCUCCGAAUAUACUGUGAUGAAGAAUGAUAAAAAAAGGCCACUCAGUGAAUUGAGAACAAUAUGAAGUAGCAACUUUUACAAUUAUUAUUAUUAUUAUUAUUAUUACUAUUAUUACUAUUGUAAUUGAUAAGAACAAAAUGAUAACAGACAUAUGUCUGGGAAAAAUUCUACGACACAAAUAUACACAGUAUUUUUUUUUUUUUUUUUUUUUUAAUAGUCAAAUUUAUAAAUUAAUAAUGAAAAAACAUUUCAUUACUUUUUUAAUAUGUAAAAUAAAAGUAAAAAAAAAAAUUUUAUUGUAAAUAUAAUAAAUACAAA